UAGUAACUUGAUAAACCUGUGUUUAGCUAGCUGUACGUUUUAUUUAAAAAUGUCACAAGUGAUUAUAUAUGGUAAAUGGGUAAAAAUUUAUCAGUGACUACAGACAGUUUAAGGUUAAAGUGUAGGAUUUGUAAACAACAGGAAUGUAGGUCACAAAAAUAAACUUUCAUUUUAAAUUCUGACUGUGGCGUUCGCACUCUAUUUACACCAAGGGUUUUAUAUAAAGACAAAUGGACUUACGACUUAACUCAAACGGACCAGCAAGUUAUGGAUCCAUUUCUUUGGCAAGCGAGACAACGUUUCAAAACACACUGAGUGUGGGCUUCAACACAAAGAAGAACAAAGUUUCACCCGUCAGUGAAGUGUCAGACGUGACGUCAACUCUCAAUGUAGCUGACGUAUCCUAUGUUGUACAAGAAUAUGUUGGACCGUGGUGGACUGGAGCAUGCUUGAGGAAGACCAGAAGAAAAACUGUUCUCCAAAAUAUAUCUUUACAGGUGAAAUCAGGCGAGAUAACUGCGAUUCUUGGUAAUUCAGGUUCCGGUAAAACCUCGCUAUUAGACAUCAUCUCGUGUAGAUCGUCUGGUACGGUUGUUGGUAAUGUAUGUUUCAACAAUAUCAAGUGUACUCGUAACGUCAUCCAGCAACGUGCAACGUACGUUAUGCAGGCGGACCGUCUGUUACCCAAUUUGACAGUAAGAGAAACGCUGAGGUACACAGCACGUCUCAAAUUACCAGGGAACAAAACAGCAAAAGAAAUAGACAGACAGGUGUCACAGGUGAUAUUACAAAUGGGUCUGAAGGAUGUUGCUGAUACUAAAAUAGGAAGCAGUAUAAUUAGGGGAAUUUCAGGCGGAGAACAAAGACGUGUCACCAUAGCAAUACAAUUACUGAAAGAUCCAGAUAUGAUACUUCUGGACGAACCUACCUCUGGAUUGGACAGCUAUACUGCUCGGUACUUAGUGACGAAUCUCCGUAAUUUAGCAAAGCAAGGGAAGAUUGUACUGCUAACCAUUCACCAGCCUAAUUCGGAUAUUUUCCACAUGUUCGAUCAGAUAGGUAUCAUGUCAAAGGGACAAAUGGUAUAUUGUGGACCUACCAAAGAAAUGGUUCCAUACUUCACAUCUUUAGGUUAUCCCUGUGAUAGAUACACUAAUCCUUUAGACAGAUAUGUUGAUGUCGCAAGUAUUGAUAGAAGGGACAAGGAAAAAGAACGCGAAAGUAUGGAACGUGUUGCCAGUCUUGUGGAAGCGUUCCAGAACUCCUCAUUACAUCUAACAUCCGUACAGAAUAUCAAAGCAGCCUGUUCUAGGCCCGUGUCAGCAAGCUCUUAUAACGGAUUUAAGAAACAGAGGGGACCGAGCUAUUUAAGAGUAUUGCUGACACUUCUUGGUCGAAUGAACACAAACCUAUUCCGGGAUAGAAAAGACUAUUUUGCACGAAUAUUUCUGUUACCUUUGUUUGUGGUAUUUAUCUUGAUAUUUCUGGGACGAUUGAAACACACGCAAUCAAGCAUACAGGACCGUGUUGGUCUGCUGUACCAGUCUUCAACUGUUCCACCUUUCAUGGGCAUCAUAAACAGUAUAGCUCUAUUUGUUUGUUUGCGGAAUCUUUAUUACCGAGAAAGUCGUGACGGACUGUAUGGUGCUGUUACAUUCUUACUGGCAUAUACAAUACACAUUAUUCCGUUCCAUAUAGUGUCCAGUAUAAUAUUCAGCAGCAUCGUGUACUGGGUAACGGGUAUGCAUCCAGGUUUUGAGAGGUUUGCUUUAUAUACACUAGAUGUGUUUAUCCUGCAAUACUGGGGAGAAAUGGUAACUGUUGGUUGUCUGGGAAUCUUCAUGAACGCUAACCUUGCUAAUAGUGUAGCUGCAUUGUUACAAGCCGCAACUGUAGUAAUAGCUUCUGGGUUUUUAAAAAAUACAGCCUCUCUGAUAAAGCCAUUUCAGUGGCUAAGCUGGAUACUGUUCCAUAAAUACAAUGGAGAAAUACUUGUCGCUAACGAAUUUCGUGAUCUGGAACUAGAAUGUAAUCUAAACGAAACUUCAGUGUGUAUUCCAAAUGGCAAUUUUUAUAUCGACGCAUACUAUCCGGGAGCUGACGAUCAUAUUGCACGGAAUUUUGGUGCUGUCGGAGCAUACGCUGUGGGGACACUUAUACUUGCUAUGCUGGCUUUUAAAGCAGGUGGACUAAGGAAUUUACAUUGAAUUGCGCUGUUGUGACAGAUAACAGAAAUAGUUCAUGCUUUUGCAAAUGACGGAUGGAAGUUGUUACAAACCUUGGACGCAUCCAACAUUACAGGGCUUACAGAUUUCAUAGGAUAUUAAUAACCGCAAUUGAGGGAACGAAACUUUUACUGAUAUAUCCACCGCCAUAUUGACUAACUGCAUUCCAAGAGCAGAACUCAGCAAUUACAAAGAAAACUCAAAUACAUGUAUAAAACUUGUGAUAGUAAUUGUUGGAACUUAGAUUGUGCUUAUGGAGUAAAACUUAUUUAUUUUCUGAUAAUUUUUACAACACCGUGAUAAUAAAUGUUAUAUUUGUAAGUAAACUAGUUAUUUUGC